AUGGGUGCCUACUACGCAAGCAGCCUGAAGCGCCAGUUUGCAUAUGCCAACUCACCUGCUAUCCGACGUCUUGACAGGGGCCAGCUGCAAGUGACUCGGGCAAGGCUGCAGAGCUCGGACCGGACAAUCAAGACCCGUCGUUCCUACACCAACAAAUCCGGAAAGCUUUGCUAUCAAGGGACGAAGGAGCUGAAAGCCACAGAGAAAUAUCCCGUGCUGUUCGGCCUGGCCAUUGCGAAGAUCUUUGAGGAGCUGAAGGCGCUACAGGCUGAACUUGCUAUCCUGGACAAGAAGCCCAUCCGCAUGGCCUCCAUUUCGACUUUGUCUUUGGACUCCCGGGAGGUCGAUGAGCCACCGACACCGGUGCCUCCUCCAGCCAUCCCAGCCGUGGCCCCACCGCCUGAGUCGGGAGGUGUGCCGGCAGAUGAGCCACCGGCCCCUGCAGAUCCGACGGGAUAUCCUGUGGGCCUCAUCAAGAAGAAGAAGGCUAAGCGCCCUCCGACGAGGCGUGCAACUUGUCCGACUUUGGAGAUGCUGAAGAAUGCCGCGAAACAGCGCAUUCGCCGCAUCGUCAAACCGAAAGCGAAACGUUCAGACCUAAUGGUGCCGGCCUGGGUGGCUGAGCAAUGGAACAAAGGGACUUCUCAGAAGGAGGCCAUGGCCGCCCUCCUUCAGGAAGUGAACUGGGACAAGACAUCGUUCCUGAACGAGCUCGAGAAAGUGGUGAAGCGCACCCGCGAGAUCGAGAUUGUGAAGGAUCAAGGUUGGUACUCGCAGAGUGAGAUGAAGACAGAUCUCAAGUGGCAAAGGAUCACCGCCGCAGUGGCCCAUUGCGAGAAGAACCCGUCCCUCUUGAUAAGGAGGAACGUCUACGACGGCGUCCUGGAGUACUGGGUGACGGUCAGGGAAACGGGCCGGCAUGUCGAGAACCUGAAGGAGGAGGAGAUUCAGAGGAGCAGGAGUGAAGCUGCCAACCCCGUGGAACUGCCCAAGGAUGCUUUCGCUGGCUUCGACAACAUGACCAAGCGGGUUCUCCCGGAGCCGGCAGGACCUGAUGGGAGUGGAGAUGCCAAGCAUGUCAAGGCCUUGGAGGAUGGCAUCACGAAAUUGGAGAAGGAGCAUGACAAGCUCAACUUGCAUUGGGCACAAGCGGAGAUUAGAAAAAGAUGGUCCGUUUCCGUGGAUGAGCCCGGCAUCUACCUUGAAUCGACGUUGCCCGUCCGUGCUCGAACAGCCGGAGGUGUUCUUCGUCAUGCGAUCAAAACCAUAGACUCUUUGCAGACCAGAUUGUCACCAAUGCUGUUCAAGAUCGGCAUGACCCACGAUGCAGUUAGGCGAUGGGAGUGUCCGGAAUACGGCUACGUGUUCGAGAGGGAUCAUUGGGAAGGUGUGCCUGGAUGUCGAAACAUUCGGCUCGGCGGAGACAACCUGAGCAAAGAUGAUGCAUUGCCGGCUGUACACAUGACAUAUGUUGUGUACCGGAGCUUGAAGCACAAGCCAUGUGACGCGGCCCCGGUCACCUCUGCGAUUCGAGCUGCCCGUGCGGUGCUUGAAGAAGUGCCAGAGGCUGUGGGCUCCAGCAUCAGGAUUAUGGCUGGGUGCAAAGAAAACAACAGCGAGCGUGACGCCCACAGAGUUGCCAGACGGUGCCGGCUGACGCUACCCAUCAUGAUUACUGAAGUCAUGCUUCAUGGAUGGCCAGUUCCCUUGAUUUUGCUCAGUGCAUGGCUCACGUUUUUGCUGGGUCGGAACCUCCUGCAUACACUGUCUGGGCUAACCCACCCCGACCUCACCAGGUGUCACUCGACCUGGAAGUGUUUCUGGGCCCGAUAUCAGAAGAUCCACCCGCAUCAUGAUAUAUUCCGCCGAGCAGCUGCAGGAGAGGUUGAUUUGUCAAGGACGGUUGGCCUGAUUUUGCAUGGGGAUGAGGGCCGCACGAAGAAGAAGUCGGCCAUCCUUGUAUUGUCAUGUCACUCGAUACUAGGUUAUGGCAGCAAUGUGGCAGCAGAUGCACACCCCGAGCCAUUCUGCAAACAGUACCUCAACCUGACUCGCCACACCUUAUCUACCCGCUGGAUUCUCGGCUGCCUUCCUAAAACCUACUACGAGUGUGAAGACGGUGAUCGGUUCUUCCAGGAUUACCUCGACGUUUUCGUGCAGGACUUUCUCCAAAUUUACGAGAAAGGCAUCAAAGCAGUGACUGGUGAAGUAUAUCAUUUUGUGAUAUUGAAUGUCAUCGGGGAUUGGCCUUGGUUGACAAAGGCCUUCGGACUACUGCGAAAUUUCCAGAACUGCUCCAAGCAGGAGUCUUCGAAGGCCGCGCCGAAGGGGAUCUGUCAUUGCUGCAAGGCCGAUAUGGAGAAUUAUCCGUUUGAAGAUUUUGUUUCGGCCUCUCCAGCCUGGCGUGAGACCAUCAAUCAAGAAAGAGCGUAUCGGGGCUCUCCGAGUUUCUGGUCGCUGCCAAAGGAAAAUCUCGCGCGAAACAGUUGGCUGGCCUAG